UCAAUACAAUUGAAUUGAAAUUUACCAUCACAACUAAGCCCAGCAUUUCUAAACAAGACAGUUAAGUGAAUUUUGCCAGGACAUGCCACUUGCCAAGGGUCUGAAUUCUGAUCACAUAACCAUGAAGGAUGCAGCAUGGUGGGGAAAAAAUGGCCACAAGUUACCUCAUAUCAACUCUGAGGUACAACUAUUCUCCUUUAUUAGAAACCCACACAAAAACACAAACAAACACACAAACGUACAAAGAAAGAAGAUAUCUCUUUCCUUUCAUAACCACCUUCAUUCCUUCUCCAACCACAUAAGAUUACUUACUUACCCCUGUUCCCUCAGAAGACACCACCAGACUGCCUAACGGCGGCAAAAUUCCCGCCAACUGGCUCGCGCUGGUUCCUGGAACUUGUAGUUUAUUCCCUCCCGACUCGGCUUCCGGUGACGCGAUUGGACGAGCAGAGGUCAGCCCGGAAGUGUUGCUAUGGCGGCGGUGCCCCCCUUCAGUGGCCUGGUCUCCGUAUUGGAAACCUACCGGGGCAGAGAUCGAGUGAUACGCAUCAUCUGCUAUGGCUGCCGGCUGGCUGGAGGAAUUUUGGUGGCCAGAAGACAGCCUGGAGAACCAUCCCUUGGCCAAGGCCUCCUGGCUGUUUCAGCACAACUGAGUCACUGUCGAACAGUUCUACGCCUUUUUGACGACCUAGCCAUGCUUUCCUAUAGCUGUCAGUAUGGACUGGGGAACAAGGAGAAAGAUACAGCAAUGCGCUGGCUUUCCAUCUUCAACAACUUAGCUGAUCAGCUUUAUUACCCCUGUGAGCAUAUUGCCUGGGCUGCUGAUGCUGAAAUUAUCCAUGCCAACUCAAGUAGGUGGUGGACAUUCAGUACAACUCUCUGGGACUUUUCUCUGCUGCUGGGAAUUGCACGAGCUCUCCGAAUUUUAUUACUCCUAAGAAGAAAGCAGCAUACAGAAUCCAGAGAUUUCUCUCAGAAAACAAGAGCUGAAAUGCGCCUACAAGUCUUGGCCAUCCUCAGCAACCUGGCUGACCUUGCCAAUGCCAUCCACUGGUUGCCUCCAGGAAUUCUCUGGGCUGGAAAGUUUUCUCCAUGGCUUGUGGGCCUCAUGGGAAGCAUUUCUUCCUUCAUUGGGAUCUAUCAAAACUAUGCAGGGGGCAGUUGUGGAAUGGUUUGAACAGCUGCUGAAUUGAAUGGAGAAAAGGGGCUAUCAGGGGAAUUUAUAAACGGUUACAUAAUCCCUGUUGAAAUGGGGAGAGUAAUUCCUAUUAUGGUGGAGGCUAGAUUGGUAUUAGGCUCUUCUAUUAAAACAUGGUGCUGCUUUUAUAUAACACAUAGGCACUUUUCUGGAGGAUCUAUUUGGGAGAGUUUAUAGAGCAGGGCUGGCUGAGGAAUUCUGGGAGUUGAAGUCCACAAAGUUGCCAAGGUUGGAGACUCCCUAUUAUAGAGUUUAGUUUGCCUACUUCACUCUGUGUAUAGGUAGUCCUUGACUUACAACCACAUUGGAGCCUGGAAUUUCAAUCAUAAGUCACUGCAGUCAUAAGUCAAAGCACCUCAUGACCAGACUUGAUUUUACAAUUGCUUUUACAAUGGUCGUAAAGUGAGCCACUCUGAUUGUUAAAUGAAUUACAUGGUUAAGCAAAUCUGUUCUUCUAAAUGGGCUUUGAUAUUGGCAAGAAAACCCAGAAGCUGGUGAAAACAUCACGAAUUGUGCUCCCAUGGUAACAGGAUGCUACAAUCAGUGGUAAAUGCAAGCCAAUUGCCUUGCGCCCAAAAUGUGAUCACGUGACUGCGGGGAGGGGGCAGCAGUCAUAACCUCAAGGACCAGUUAUACAUAGCUUUUUAACAGUCUGUUGUAAUUUCAACCGGUUGUUAGCUACCUUAAGGGACAAGUGGCUGCCCUGCUUAGUUAAUUUGGCUAUGGUUUUUUAAUGUGAAGAAUACAGUCUUGCUCUUUGUACAUCAUGUUAAUGUGAAACCAUUAGGGCUGAUAAUAAAAGAUACAAUCUCACACUUUC